UCGUUCAAACAGUUAACAUCUACUGAAAAUGACUGGUCGUGGUAAAGGAGGAAAAGGACUCGGCAAAGGAGGCGCUAAGCGUCAUCGCAAGGUUCUUCGUGAUAACAUCCAGGGAAUUACCAAGCCUGCUAUUCGUCGUCUGGCGCGUCGUGGAGGUGUCAAGCGUAUUUCUGGUUUGAUUUACGAAGAAACUCGAGGUGUGCUGAAAGUUUUCCUGGAAAACGUGAUUCGAGAUGCUGUUACCUAUACUGAACAUGCCAAGCGAAAAACCGUCACCGCCAUGGAUGUCGUGUAUGCACUGAAACGCCAGGGACGCACUCUAUACGGAUUUGGAGGUUAAAAAGCAAAUCGAAGUACAAACAAAACAAAAAGGCCUUUUUCAAGGCCACCAAUAUAAUAAAUGAAGGUUUAAUCGAAUUGAAAUUUACAUUUUCCAGAUGUUGAAUGAUUAACUUAAAAUCAAUCAUAAAAUGUUCAAUGCAAUACACCAACCGUUUUUUUUCUUGUAUUUUCAAAGCGGAAAAGUACAGUUGCAUAGUUCUAAAAGGGAAUAGCGUUUUACUUAACCAAUUAUACUAUACGGAGUUCUACGAUAAUUAUUAACCAUAGUUUGAUUUUCUGCAACGUUGAAUUCGAAGUUUUGCUAAUUCUCAUUCUCAGAACACCGAAUCGACCUUCCAUUGCCUCAUGUCGAAAACGUAUUAAAUAAUUUAAGGGUGACUCAUCCAUAGAUGCAACAUGUGAGAGAUUCCACAC